AUGGCGUUCCGGGCAGUAGCAACGCAGUCACAAGGGAUGCAGACGCCGCAACGACAAGUGGCGGCGACCGCGGCAGGAGGAGCGGCAGCAAAGGCUACGCCAUCAAGGGCUGCGCCAUCGACGCCAAUCUUGACCGACAGUCCAGGAAACUGGCGGCACCCGCGCAUGGACGAGAUCACCCGGCGACGGGCAGCUACCGUGUUCACCGAGACGAACCUCAAGACGUUUGUCUACAAUGUGUUGGCGCUGGUCGUUGUGUUCCUGGUGGGCAAUGCCUCGGGGAUGCCUUUCACGCAGCUGCGGAGAUUCCUGCUGGUGACAGUCAUUAACACUGCCCUGCUCAUCAACAUGGCGCGCUCUCUGCUGCCGCUCUUCCGCAAACCCGACACCAUAUCCGACAUUCCAUUAACGCCCGGCCAGCGCAAGCUACUGGGUCUGCCGGCCCUCAAAACGUCAGCCACGCCCAAUGCCGUCUACACGACGCCGCCGCGGUACACUCGCACGCCGUCGGUUUCGGGCUCGGCUGCGAGCAUUGCUGCCGCCACGCAUGGCAGCGGCAAGAGCACCGAGGCCAGCUUCAGCAAGAGCUUCACCGGCUCGCCCAUCUCGGGCAGCCCGCUGUUCGCCAAGGCUCGGCCCGCUAACGGCGGCCCUUCCAGUGGCAGCCGCAGCGGCUCGCCCUUCUCGCCGUCCAGCCCGUUCCAGAACACACGUAAGGCGUCUUUUGGCUCGCCGGGCACCCUGGGCGGCUCGGCAAAUGUGGCGCCGGGUGCGGGUUCCCUCUUUUCUGACUCGGCAAUGUCGAGCAUACCCGGCACGCCGAGCCCGACUGGCAAGCGGCUCAGCAUGGGUCUGAACAACAAGUGGCUGUAUGAGAAGGGACGGCGCACUUCCGGCGGCUCACGACUGUACUAA